AUGGGAGCCAAGUACUCGGUGGAGAAUCUCCUCAAGUUCUCGGACCGAGGAGCGUCCAGUCUAGCCACUUCCCUCCUGGAUGAGAUCGUGAGCAAGGAGGAGGCGAACCAAUCCCUCAGUCCGCUCUACCUACUGGCCAACUUCAAGAAAUCUGGCUCACUCAUCGAGCGCUACCUGCUCGAAGGGCAAAAGGAGCUCGAGAGCAUCGCCCUCAACGAGCUAAAGCAGUACAUGUACAAGGAGGGAGAAGGUGAAAUGAUAGAACGGGAGAAUGUUGACGAGUCUACGAAGGAGCAGAAGAGUCGGAAAGUGUGCUGGAAGCUGGACAAGCGAGGCAUGCUGGGGGAAUCGCUGUUGCACGUGCUGGUGCUAUGCAACACGGACGCCCACACUCAGAUCGCCAUGUUCCUGGUGGAGCUCUAUCCUGCAUUGGCACACGAUAUAGUAGAGGGAGAAGAAUACUAUGGUGCCACUGCUAUGCAUUUCGCCAUCGCUUACGAAAACUCUAAACUAGUGAAGAAGCUGGUCGAAAUCGGAGCUGAUUUUCAUCAAAGGGCGAACGGGAAAUUCUUCAUGCCCAUCGACCAGCAGUGGCCCAUCCCGAGAGCGAAGACAAAUUUCGAAGGGUUGAGCUAUUUCGGAGAAUAUCCGUUGUCAUGGGCAGCUUGUUGCGACGACGAACCCAGCUACAAUCUUCUGAUAAAGCAUGGCGCAGACCCCAACCUACAAGAUACUUUUGGAAAUAACAUUCUGCAUGUCCUGGUUAUUCGAGAUAAACUGAAAAUGUAUGGUUAUGCUCUACGGCAUCCUAUUCGACCAGCAUCCGAUCACCUGUGCAACAAGUUUGGACUUACACCCCUGACUUUGGCUUGCAAACUGGGACGAAAUACGAUAUUCAGAGAGAUGUUGGAAUUCAGUUCUUUGGAAUUUUGGCGUUACAGUAACAUCACUUGUUCUGGAUACCCGUUAAAUGCGUUGGACAGCCUUCAACCCAAUGGCCGAGCAAAUCUUAACUCGGCUCUGAUGAUUAUUCUGAAAGGAAAUUCCACCGAACAUCUCGACAUGCUAGAAGGGGGAGUGAUUCAACGUCUCCUCGAAGAGAAGUGGAAAACGUUUGCCCAGAGAUGCUUUUACAAGAGACUCCUCAUGAUGCUUGUGCACCUACUGAAUCUGAGCAUUGCUGUGUUUCUUCGCCCCACUACAAGAGAGCCUUUGCUGGGGAAAACCGAUGCCACAAAUAUUAUUCGUUACUGUGCGGAAAUAGCUACGUGCCUGGGAUGCGUCGGCUUCGGAAUCAUUCAACAAGUACAAGAAAUCCUUGCGCAAGGGCUUCUGGGAUUUUUGUACUGCCUGACAACCAGCCCAACUAAAUCCACUUUCGUGCUAUCCUGCUUCCUGAUUUUGUCCUGCAUUCCUUGUCGAGUCAUUGGAGAUAGACAAACGGAAGACAUUCUACUUGUCAUGGCCAUUCCAGGAUCUUGGUUUUACCUCAUUUUCUUUGCCGGGGCUGUUCGUUUGACGGGACCCUUCGUGACGAUGAUCUACAGCAUGCUGGUCGGAGACAUGUUCAGAUUCAGCAUCAUCUACAUGAUCUUCAUGUUUGCAUUCACUCAAGCUUUCUUCUUCCUCUUCAAGAGCCAGCCCACCGAGAGAGCCGACAGCAAAAAGAGAUUCUCUACUUACCCAGUCACCUGGAUGGGGCUCUUUCACAUGACACUCGGAUCUUAUGAGUACGAAGAAUUCCGAGAAACCUAUUACCAAAAGCUGACGCAGCUGGUCUUUGCGCUUUUCAUGGUUCUCACUCCCAUCCUGCUCCUCAACAUGCUGAUAGCCAUGAUGGGGAACACGUACUGCGAAGUCAUCACGCAGUCCGAAAAGGAAUGGGUGAAGCAGUGGGCCAAUAUAAUUGUCGCUUUGGAGAGAUCGAUUGAUAGCGAAUCAGCGAGGGAAUUCAUUCAGACUUAUUCCAUCAAGAUGCCUUCUUCAACCAAAGACACCGAGGUGAGAGGAGUCAUCGUCAUAAAAUCGAAACCAAAAUCAAAGGCCAAGGAGAAGAAGCAGGCUCUUUUAUUGUGGAAGCGUGUUGGCAAGCGGACGGUUCAAGAACUGCGAAGAGUUGGCGGAAGUGCUGCGGAUGUCCGGAGAAGGUACAACUUAUUUCCGUCCAAACAACCGACAGCUCGUCUGCGUAAUGGAAAAAUUAUUCUGGAAUGGAAUCCUAUACCCGCUCCUAUCUACAAGCCGCUCAAGCCUGCGACGACCGGAAAAUCCAAUCAACCGAAUGCUGGUUUCGACGAUCUCCUAUCCCAAGUUACCUCUGCGUCUGGUAUCGACAUAGAAAAGCCAAACCCUGCUCAAGAUAACAAAGCUCCAAAUAAUGAAGAGAAUUCAUCAGGCAUACCACAUGUAUUGCCUGAAUACAACCAAUGUGCUAUUCAAUCUGCAGGCUACACAAAUCUAGCUUAUGAGCAUGACAUUCUUACUAAUAAACCGGAUAUGCAAGUGAAAAUGGGAGGACAGAAUUCGUUCAAAACUUCCAAUGAGAUGUAUAAUGGUAGUAAUAUUCCUGUCACGCCUCGCGAACCACCCAUGCCAUAUGGCAGUACAGUUACUUCCGGUGUGCCACCACCGGGUGAUCUGAUACCAGCAACAAACUUGACAAGACAGCUUUCAAUGGAUCAUGGACCUGGUGAGGGACCACCUGUCCCAUAUGCCAAUAUAUCUCAUUAUGGAAUGCAACGACCAUCCGAUAUGGCCCCACCACACACAAAUUUUGCCGGUCAAUCAUCUAUGGAUCCAUUAAACGAAGAACGUGGCAUAUCGGUAAAUGUUCAGACCAAAAUAAUCAGCACAAAAAUAACGAAAGUCAGAACCCCCAGAAGCAAGGAAAUGCCUCUGCUGCUGAGAAGGCGCGAAUAUUCUGGAAGUUCUUCAGAUGAUGCGAAAAAAGAUGCAUCGAAUAAAAAGAAGAUUGGAGGCGGAAAAGCAUACAAUCUGCCCUACAGAGUCAAACACAAAAGACGAAGGAAGAGAAAUCAAAUUUCUUACGAGGAAAAGAUAUCUCUGGACAAUUUACCGUAUAAUUUUCCAAUUUCUAUGGAAACCACGAUUCACAAGACAAAUGUAGACACACCGAAGAAAACAGAUCAAUAUCCUUUAUUUCUUCCUAAAAGUGAAGAAGAACCUCAAAACUAA